UAACUCGGGGUGAGAAAAGACGAGUGUACAAAGGUGGUCAGAGACCCGGGGGCUGAAGCGAUAUACUCGUUUAUUGGUCAUGCCGUUCCUCUCGUGACAGCAGCGGCAGCCCCUCACCCCUUACCGAUCCACCACGGUUCGUCGACCAUUCCGGCGACCCCCGUCCUCCUCUCCCCCCUCCCCCUUCCAUCAUCCCUCCCUCCCUCCCUGCCCCGACUGACCCCCUCGUCGUCGUCGGGUCGCGGUUUUCUUCCCAACCCCCGGUUUACUACGACACGAUGUGAUUCACGUCUUGUGGAAUUUUUCGUCGAAGAGAGGAAGGAAGGGCUUCGUCGUUUGCACGUUCCUCCACGCAGUGAAUAAGGGGGAGUGAAAGAGUGAGAGAGAGAGAGAGAGAGAGAGAGCGAGAGAAAGAGAGAAAAAGAAAGAAAGAAAGAGUGACUCGCCCUUGGAUGUUUUUGUUACGACCCUUGGAUAUCUCUGCUGCAUUGCGGUCGCCGAGACUGCGGCAGCGGCGUCUGGCUCUGGCUCUGGCUCUCUUCGUCCUUAGUCGUUAGUCAUCAUCGAGGACAGAGAGGCGAUACGGCGGCGAUAGAAGGAAACCGCGCCGUUCGUCGUCGGGAUCAGCAUGUCCGGGUCGGGGACGAUCUUUAUGCCGCGAUAUUUCGCGAGUGCGUGUCGAUUUUAACCCUCCGCGGGUAAAAGUGGCGAGUGAUAGUGUGCAGUGUGACCCCCUUACGUUGUUGCACGCGACGCAUUCCGCUGCUCUGUGUUUACACACGUACGAUCGCCGAAGCGGUAGACAACAGAUUCCUGCGUGUCCUUCAGGAUUCCCAACGAGAAGAGCUAUGACGACCUGCAGCCCUGCAACCCUCGCCCUACACCUGGCCGUGGUACUCGCGGUCGCAAUGCCUGGCCUUUCUCUGGCCGCGUGGCAGGAGAAUGUCAGGCCCAAGAUGUACGUCCAGCUUGGAGCCGAGGAUGUCUUCAGGUUCACAGGGAACGAGACGCACACGGAUUACUUCCGGCUUGUUUUACGAGACGGGAAUUACCUUCUCGUCGGAGGACGAAAUCUGGUUCACAAUUUGAGCCUGACGGAUCUGACCGAGCAGCAACGUCUUUCGUGGUACUCGCCGGAUACGGACAUAAAGAUGUGCGUCGUAAAGGGCAAGGACGAGGAGACGUGCCAGAACUACGUGAGGAUUCUCGCCCAGACGGGACCCAGUACCCUACUUGUCUGCGCUACGAACGCCUUUAAGCCAGUGUGCAGAGAUUACCUGGUUCACCCCGGCAACUACACUGUAGUAAAGGAGCGACCCGGUCAAGCGGUUUGCCCCUACGACCCCCAGCAUAACAGCACCUUCGUAUACGUCGACGGUGAACUUUACACGGGGACCGUAGCCGACUUUUCGGGGAUGGACCCGAUUAUUUAUCGCGAACCCCUUCAGACCGAACAGUACGACUCCAUGAGUCUGAAUGCGCCGAACUUCGUGAGCUCUAUGACCCAGGGGGACUUUGUGUAUUUCUUUUUUCGCGAGACGGCCGUCGAGUACAUCAACUGCGGCAAGGCCGUAUAUUCUCGCGUUGCGAGAGUCUGCAAGUACGAUCGUGGAGGGCCACAUCGUUUUCGAAAUCGUUGGACCUCGUUUCUCAAGUCACGACUCAACUGCUCCGUUACCGGCGAUUUUCCAUUCUAUUUCAACGAGAUUCAGUCGACGACGGAACUGAUAUCCGGCCAGUACGGUGGUGUCUCGGCACAGCUUAUAUACGGGACGUUCACCACGCCGGUGAACAGCAUAAGCGGCUCAGCAGUCUGCGCAUUUUCCCUGCAAGACAUAGCUGACACCUUUGAGGGUAACUUCAAGGAGCAAAGUGCCCUGAAUUCCAACUGGCUUCCGGUACAGAGUGCCAAAGUACCCGACCCAAGGCCUGGCCAGUGUGUGAAUGACUCCAGGACGCUGCCAGACCUCACCUUGAACUUCAUCAAGAGUCAUUCCCUGAUGGACGAAUCCGUGCCGAGUUUCUUCGGCCAGCCUAUCGUCAUAAGGACGAGCUUUCAUUACCGUUUCACGCAAAUAGCGGUAGAUCCGCAAGUAAAAACGCCCGGUGGAAAGACGUACGAUGUAUUGUUUAUCGGUACGGACAACGGGAAAGUGAUAAAGGCGGUGAACGCUGACUCGGCGGACAGUCAUCAGCGAGCGAGUCCCGUUGUUAUCGAGGAGAUCCAGGCCUUCCCUGCCUCAGUUCCUGUCCGUGGUAUAAAAGUGGUCCGUGCAUCGCAGGCUGGCGAUGGGCUCGAGGAUGGGCGUCUGGUCGUCAUUGCGGAUGGGCAAGUCCAGGCGCUGAGGCUGCACCGCUGCUACAGCGACAGGAUAUUGUCCUGCGGCGAGUGCGUUGCUCUUCAGGAUCCCUACUGCGCGUGGGACAAGAUCGAGGGUAAAUGUCGCGCUCUCGUUGGUCCUGCGGCUACCGACGCGACGAGGUUCCUCCAGAGCGUUGCCAGCGGAAUACACGCCUCGUGCCCGCCUAGCAAAAGCUUGAAUAAAGACGCUGGGAGCGUCGGCGCGAUAUCGGCAAACCAGAACAAAUUCCCGCAAGACUCAAUGAUACCGAACAAGGAAAGCCAGGGGGGAGAGAUCAUCAACAUAAUGCAGGACGAGGAGCAACAGAAUUCGGGUCCUGCGGUCUCCGCGGCAGAUUCUCCACCGCCGCAAUACUCCGUCGAGACGCUGGUUAUGGCUGUGGUUGCCGGUGCGCUCGCAGCACUUCUGGUGGGAUUUGUUGCGGGUUAUCUUUGCGGUAGAAAGUGUCGAAAAGACGAAGAUGACAAUCUGCCCUAUCCGGAUACGGAGUAUGAGUACUUCGAGCAGCGACAAACCGUGAACAGCAGGUUAGCACCAGAGCCAAAGCUUCUGCCGCAAGAGGAGGUGACGUACGCGGAACCAGUCCUUGUACCGCAACCGCCUAAGCUUCACUCACCGAAGGGAACGAUGCGAAAGCCACCGCCGACCCCGGCAGAGACGCUCUUCCAGUUCCCGGACGCAUACGGGUUCCGGGGUCCGAGGGACAACUUCGGAACGCUCCGGUCUCACCAGGGUGACGCGUAUCGUCGUACGGACGGUUUCGCGACGACGCGAAGCGUCAAGAAGGUUUAUCUCUGAGAAAUGAGCGAGGAGGGAGGAGGGGGCCGUCACCGAAGUCUCGGGCGGCCGGCGCGGAACCGGCACACCGGGGCACCGGGUAGAAGUCGCGCCGCGUCGGGAGGAGGCCAGUCAACGCGGGAACUCGCGGGUCCAAGGGCGCUCGAGUCGCCCUCGCCACCGUCGAGCGUCUCGUCGAGCUCGCCCUCCCCCCCUUCCUCCUCGCCAUCGCCAACACUGGUCACGAUACCGAUGGGUGGUGUCGGGGGCCCGGGUGGCGUUCCACUCGGUGGUGCGUCGACGCCGCCGCCCCCGCCACCUCGUACACCCCCGUGCAGUUUCAUAUACCGAUCAUAGUCUCCGUCGGUUAUUUACGACGUCACUCGUAUAAUAAGGUCCUAGCGACCGUUAAAUGAUGUGGUAAGGCGUUCGAGGCCUUGGCGCGUUCGGCCGAAAUUAAAGUGAAGGUAUGGCCGCGUGAGGUAUAAAGAGAAUAUAGUAAAGAGGAUCACGUGAACGAUGAUAUUUUCCGAUAUUAACGGAGAAAUUUGAUUACGAUGAUAUGGGUUGAAGUAAUUUCAUUCGUCUACGACGAGAAAUACUUGUAUACAUUGCUAACAAUAAUAGGGAUAGGAACGCGCUUAUGGACUGGACGCUGUUAGUGUAGCGCGCGAGCAUGUUCAUUGAUGGUGGUUACCAAUGUUCCCGCAAGUAACCUCAAAUCAAAUAGGGUUUAGCUUGUAUCAAUAAAAAUGCCUGAUGUUUUUCUCUCCGAUAUCCAUUUCCAAAGACUAUGGAUAAUAAUUGCGUAAUUACCGUUGGACGGAGCGUGAGAGCUGCUUCCAUGGAGAAUGUCCAUCUCCCCCCCGCCCCUCCCCUCUUCCCGCAUCCGCGUUGCCAUUUCAAAUGUGAGAUAGCGAGGGGUGAAGUCGCCGCAUACUUGUGAAUGUACAUACACAGUUAUAAUGUACGUACCUGACACACAAUGUAUUGCAUAACGAAGCAAAGAUGGAAAAAUUGUUUUAUUAGAAAUCUGACUGAACAAGCAGCGCAUGAUUUGUUGUUUAACGAAGAGUUCAAUCGGUCGUUGUCGGAGUGGAAAAGUGAGACCGUAUACUAUUUGAGCCUGGGGAAAAGACACAGUGGGAGGGGGG